AUGGAUAACCAAAAUUUACCUGAACAAGAGGAAUGUGCUAGUAAUUCUAGCAACUACUCUUUACAAGAAUAUAGUGGUGGUUCCCAUAAAAAAAAGCAUAGAAAGCACAAAUCUCAUCAUGAUAGAUCACGUUCUAAUUCAUCCCAACAAGAAUAUACUAGUAGUCCUAGUAAUUAUUCUUCCCAAGAUGAGCAUGAUAAUAGUUCCCGUAAAGGAAAGUGGCAUGGUUCUAUUGGACCCCCAAAACAACAGCAAACCAAAAUGUCCCAAAACCAAACAUUCCAAGCUAAGACAUCCCAAGCUAAGACAUCCCAAAUACAAAUGUCCCAAGCCAAGACAUCUCAAACUCAAACAUCCCAAGCGUCACAAGCCAUGACAUCCCAAAGUAGAACCAAAACUAUACUAUCAUAUGAAG